AUGGCUGAGGACUACGCAGAGAGCUUUGACGGGAUGUUACACAUUUGCAGCAGUCUGGAUUCUGUGCGCAAGAACAGUUUGCUGGCUGUUUCACUUUACCUCUUCAGAUUUUUGCAAAACUACUCAAGCGUGUUUCCUUUGCUAGAUUUAAGACUUUCAUCAAAUGUGGUCCAUGGUCCAUCCGCUAGUUCAUUUUUUCUUUCAGUACUAAUGUUUUCCUUUUUCUUUUUGGCCUCUUAUAUGAAAGGACAAAAGCCGUCUAUCUAUUCAUUGUUCCUGAAAGAGAUACUCAAAGAAGAAAUACCAGAAGAAAUGGCUGAUUCUCCAGUAAAAAUGUCUCAGGGUCUGCUGACAUUCAAGGAUGUGACUGUGAACUUCUCCCAAGAGGAGUGGGAAUGCCUGGACACUUCUCAGAGGAUUUUGUACCUUAAUGUGAUGUUGGAGAAUUACAGCAACCUGGUCUCUGUGGAGAACUAUUACCUAUAUGAUCAUACCCAACAACACGUGAAGACUGAAAAGCAGACUUGUCAGUAUGAGGAGCAUGGAAAAAUACUUCAUGACCCCUCUACAUGUGCACUUUAUAGAACAAGUGAAACUACAGACAACUCUAAUAACUACAGACGCAACAGGUACAGGGAUGCCUCUAUUGAUUCAUCAAACCCAGAAAGACAUGAAAGCAUGCACACUGGAGAAGAACCUUGCAAUUCUAAAGAGUCUGAGGCAUCCUUAAAUUUGUGCUCCAACAUUACCCCAGAUCACAGAUUCUACACCGCAAAGAAAGAGCACAGACAGGGAGAAUAUGAUGACUGUUUUGACACUACAGGCAGUCUUUUGCAGCAACCAGUCUACAUUGGAGAGAAAACACACCAGUGUGGAAAAUGCAGGAAAUGCUUCAGUACUGCCUCAAGUCUCACUGUACAUCAGAGAAUUCAUACCGGGGAGAAGCCUUAUAAAUGUAAAGCAUGUGACAAAUACUUUAAUGUGAAGUCAAAUCUCAUAAGGCAUCAGAGAAUUCAUACUGGAGAAAAGCCUUAUACCUGUAACAAAUGUGGCAAAUCCUUUAAUCUGAAGUCAACUCUUACACUGCAUCAGAGAAUUCAUACUGGAGAGAAGCCUUACAAAUGUAAAGAGUGUGACAGAUCCUUUUAUGUAAAGUCAGAUCUUACCAAGCAUCAUAGAUAUCAUACUGGAGAGAAGCCCUACAAGUGCAAAGUUUGUGAAAAAUCCUUUACCCGGUUCUCAACUCUUAAAGGGCAUCAAAUACUUCAUACUAAAGAGAAAUCUUACAAAUGCAAAGAAUGUAAUAAGUCCUUUCUUGAGAUAUCACGUCUUAAAAACCAUUACAGAAUCCACACUGAUGAAAAACCUUACAAAUGUGAAGUAUGUGACAAAUUCUUUACUCUAAACUCAUAUCUUAGAAGCCAUCAGAGAGUUCAUACUGGACAGAGACCUUACAUGUGUAAGGAAUGUGACAAAUCCUUUACACUGAAGUCAACACUCACAAAGCAUCAGAGAAUCCAUACUGGAGAGAAACCUUACACAUGUCAAGAAUGUCACAAAUCCUUUACUGUGAAGUCAACUCUUACAAAGCAUCAGAGAAUUCAUACUGGAGAGAAACCCUUCAAGUGCAAUGUCUGUAAAAAAUUCUUUACCCAGCGUUCAAGUCUUAAAACACAUCAAAAACUUCAUACUGGGGAGAAAUCUAACAAAUGAAAGGAAUGUGGAAAGUCCUUUCUUGAAGUCUCAGAUCUUAGAAAACACUGGAAAAUUCAUACUGGCAAGAAAGCUUACAAAUGUGGAGAAUGUGACAGGUCCUUUAUCCAGAAUUCAUAUUUUGAAGACACCAAAGACCUUAUAACACAUCAGAGAAUUCUCACUGAAGAGAGACAUUACAGAUGUACAGGAUGUGACACGUCUUUUACUGGCUGCUCAUAUCUUAGAGCACAUCAGAAAAUUCAUACUGGAGAGAAACUUCACAAAUGUGUUGACUUUGGAAUAUCCUCUGUCCACCUUUCAAAUGUUAGAAGACAUCAGAGACUUCAUACUGCACAGAAAACACCAUUGUACAUCAAGUGA